AUGCCCAGUCUGUCCGUGUUCACAGAUGUGCCUCUAGCCCAGAAGCUGGAAGGCAGCUUGCUGAAGACCUACAAACAAGACGAUCACCCUAACAAGAUGUUCCUGGCCUAUAGCGUCUGCAUGACCAAGGAAGGCCAACCCUGGGUGUCCCCCAUGGUGCGCAAGAUCCGACUGCAGAUCGCACAGGAUCCCUCCCUGAACUAUGAGUACAUGCCAGUGAUGGGCAUGAAUUCAUUCAUCCAGGCCUCCUUGAGUCUCCUCUUUGGAAAGAACAGCCAAGUCAUUAUGGAGAACAGGGUAGGGGGUGUGCACACUGUGGGUGACAGUGGUGCUUUCCAACUUGGAGCCCAGUUUCUCAAAACCUGGUAUCGGGAUUCUCAAAUAGUUUACAUCAUUUCUUCUCAAAAAGAAUCGUAUGGACUCAUCUUCCAGGACUUGGGUUUUUCAGUUUAUGAAUGCUCCUUCUGGGACUCCACGAAGCUGUGCUUGGACCCCAGCAUGCUCCUGGAUGUGGUAGAGCAGGCCCCGCGCGGCUGUGUCUUUGUGAUGGGGAACGUCGCCAACUGCAAGCUGUCACAGAGUCAGUGGAUAAAGUUGAUGUCCAUGAUGAAGAGCAAGCGGAUAUUUCCAUUUUUUGACAUUCCCUGUCAAGGUUUAUCCACCGGUGAUCUGGAAGAAGAGACUAGAUUCUUAAAAUACUUUGUAUCUCGAGGCUUUGAGUUCUUCUGCAGCCAGUCUCUGUCCAAAAUUUUUGGCAUUUACGAUGAAGGAGUGGGGAUCCUUGUCGUGGUGGCCCUCAGCAACGAGCUCCUGCUGUGCGUCCUCUCCCAGCUGAUGAACUACGCCCGGGCCCUGUGGCUGAGCCCUCCUUCCACGGGUGCGCGCAUUAUCACCUCCAUCCUCUGUAACCCUGCUCUGCAGGGAGAAUGGAAGCAGAGUCUGGAAGGGGUUGUGGAUAACAUCAUGCUCAUCAAGGAAAAGGUGAAGGAGAAGCUCCGGCUCCUGGGAACCCCUGGCUCCUGGGAUCACAUCACUGAGCAGAAGGGGUCCCACAGCUAUCUUGGACUCAGCUCCCAACAGGUGGAAUACCUGGUCAAGAAAAAGCAUAUCUACAUCCCCAGGAAUGGGAGGAUCAAUUUCACCUGUAUCAAUGCCUGUAACAUAGAUUACAUCACUCAGAGCAUCAGUGAGGCUGUCCUCUUCACAAAGGACUCCAAGAAGUAA